GUCCCAGUGACCACGCCUUUGAUAGCGCUACUCGUCUAACUUUACCUCAGGUGUAAGUUCACUGAGGAUAUCGCGCUUGGACCGCUCCGUCGUCCUUUUAAUCGCCCGGAAUAAUGGCCGACCAAGGACUGACGGAUGACGCCGCGGCUGCCGCUUGCAAGGACGGGAAUCCGGUUACAAAAGACUUCAUGAUGCAACAGACAAUGCUGAGGGUGAAGGAUCCUGUGAAAUCUCUGCAUUUUUACACAGGCAUACUUGGAAUGACCCUGUUGCAGAAAUUUGAUUUCCCUUCCAUGCGCUUCUCUCUCUACUUCUUGGGUUAUGAAGAUAAGAAGGAAAUCCCUGUUGAUGUCAAGGAGAGAACAGCGUGGACCUUCUCCCGCAGAGCCACAAUCGAGCUCACGCAUAACUGGGGUUCGGAGACGGAUGAAAGCCAGUCCUAUCACAAUGGAAAUUCGGAUCCUCGAGGAUUCGGCCACAUAGGAAUUGCUGUACCAGAUGUUUAUGCGGCUUGCAAGAUUUUUGAAGAGCAGGGGGUGACCUUUGUGAAAAAGCCAGACGAUGGUAAAAUGAAGGGUCUGGCUUUUAUUCAGGACCCCGAUGGCUACUGGAUUGAGAUUCUUAGCCCCAACACCAUGAUGUCCAUCACCUCUUAAAAGAAUCAUACAGUCAGCUAAUGGGCAGCUUCAGAGAAGAUGAGAUGUGUCCGUAAUCCAGAGGGCGAUCGAAAAAGUGUUACACUUCUCUCUCACCAAACAAGCGUCUGUGAGAUUACAGAACACAUGAUUGGAGAGACCAUAACAAAAUAGCUGGUGCUCAAUAGACAAGACAGCAGUGCUCAGCUGCUAUAGCUUAGGGAUCACUGCAAAUUGGACAUUAAUUACGACACUGCCUAACAUGGCAGGUAUGACCUUAUAUGAGAGAAACAUACAAGAAUACUUUUAAAGUUAUCAUUGGCUGUUCCCAUUAUGUUUCAGAACAAUCAACAGUGUUGUUUUGUUUUUGUUUUGUUUGAGCUAAUAUAAAGAACUCCUAUUCAUAUUGUAACUACUAUAUUAAUACUAGCUGUGAUCAUUAAAGCCAAAUGCUGCUUGUAAAACUAA